AUGACGUCGGAAUCACCUGCGGAUUUAAAAGUACCAGCGUCUCGCACGUGGAACAUAUGCAUGCUCGCUCAUGUCGACCACGGCAAGUCUGCGCUUUCCGACUCGCUUAUUUCAGCAAAUGGAAUAAUAUCAUCUCGAUCUGCCGGUAAGGUGAGGUACAUGGAUUCUAGGGAGGACGAACAACGUCGGGGUAUUACAAUGAAGUCAUCCUCAAUAGCUCUUGGUCACAAAGUUGCAGGCAUGUGGAAUCCUGGCUCUGUCUUUUUUUUUAUAAGUCAUGAAGGAUUGAACGUUGUCAAUUUGGUUGACUCUCCAGGGCAUGUUGAUUUCAGCGGGGAAGUGGAAGCAGCGUUGCGGAUUUGUGAUGGUGCUGUUCUCGUUGUUGAUGUGGUGGAAGGGGUUUGCGUGCAGACUGUAGCCGUGCUUCGGGCGGCAUUGGAGCAUGCCGUUCGUCCAGUUCUCGUACUGAACAAAAUUGAUCGGCUUUUUACAGAGUUGCAUUUAGAGCCCAUGGAAGCCUACGAGCACAUUGUGAACAUUUUGGGUCAGGCUAAUGUGAUCAUGGGGGUUCGCGAAGUAGAGCAAAUGAUGGCGGCUGCUUCCGUUGCCGAUGUGGAAGACGAAGGCGACUCUGAAUGGAAAUUAGAUGAAGGUGCAGUGGAAGGGAAUGUCCACAACGUCAGCGGGUUCUUUUCGCCCGAACUGGGAAAUGUGGUAUUUGCAUCCGCAAUCGAUGGCUGGGCCUUUCGUAUAGCUGAUUUCGCGCGCAUUUUCUCCCACAAGUUUGGUAUUUCCGAAAGGGUUCUCACCAAGACAUUGUGGGGAGAUUACUACUUUCAACCAAAAGCAAAAAGAAUAUCGCGGAAGAAAUCAACGGCAUUGAAGAGCAGAGCAAAGCCCAUGUUUGUACAGUUUAUUCUAUCGAAUGUCCAUGCCAUUUAUGAGACCAUUCACAAGACACAGCACGAUUUGCCGCUAGCCGUGGAGAAACGAGAGAUGUUUGUCUCGAAACUGGGACUGAAGGUCAGUGCCAGAGAUCUGAAGCACCGUGACGCUCAAACCGCGUUGCAUGCCAUAAUGAAUGCGUGGCUUCCGGCGGCUUCAUGUUUGAUGGACACUGUCAUAGAAAAACUGCCAAGCGCUGCGGACGCCCAGGCAGACAACAGGCGAUUGGCGGCUCUGUGGCCAAAUGGUGCUCGCCUUGGAUGUGAAGCCCGAAAGUCAGGUACUAUGUCUGAUUCUACGAUGCUCGAAAGCUUUGAACGACAACAACGGUCUAUUGCUACUGCGGAUGCCGGCAAAAAUGCUCCAGUUAUUGCCCUUGUCUCGAAGAUGGUUGAGGGGAAAGACGAUCAAAACCCUCUGAGCAACCAUAUGAAUAUUAGGACCCCAAUGAGCCGUUCUGAGUUGCAGGCCAUGCGGGAUGCCACUUCCAAGGAAAAAGAGACAAGCAAAGCGCCGGAAACCUUAACGUCUUUCCCUCCUAUGGUUGCGAUGGCUCGCAUUCUUUCGGGGACAUUGACAGUUGGUGACUCUGUUUUUGUUUAUUCUCCGAAGUACCAAGUCGGGAAGGACGGUUCUUUCGAUUCCAAUUAUGUCUCUGAGGCGACCGUUACUGGCUUAUUUUUGUUGAUGGGCAGAGGGAUGGAACCCCUGAAUUCUGCAUCCGCAGGAUCCGUUGUAGGGAUAGCGGGUAUGGAAGAUGCAGUCCUCAAGACUGCCACCAUAAGCUCGGAAAAACCAGGCGAAUGUUUACCGGUGGGGACAUUCAAUUCUUCAUCUCUUGGCCUUGAAAAAGAUGCAGUUGUGAGGGUUGCGGUAGAGCCUCAUUUACCGCAGGAUGUCGGUAAACUCCGGGAUGGCCUUCGUCGACUGAACCAAGCCGAUCCCGCCGUUGAAACAUUUGUUACUACGAAGGGAGAGCAUGUUGUAGCUGCUAAUGGGGAAUUACAUUUGGAGACUUGUCUAAAAGAUCUUCGAGAACGAUACGCAAAAGGAAUUAGGAUACAUGUCUCAAAACCUAUUGUGUCUUUUCGAGAAACGGUUCUUGGCGGAAAUUCCCAGAACGACAACAUUGGUUAUCGCAUGACGUCUAUUCCCCUCCCAGAACAGCUCGCUAAAGUGCUGGAGCGGGCAUCGUCCCUACUGCGUCAAGAGGUCGAGACAAUUGAUGACAGUGAUAUUCGAAAGAUCAGAGAAGAUAUUGAAGAAGCUAUUGAUGCACAUGCGGAACAGAGUGCAUCCAAGAAAACGCCUCAAGCGACAGUCAAGAGGUACUGGAUACAGGAGAUACUUCCGCGGGUCUGGUCGUGUGGUCCUAGGCAGUUUGGAUCCAAUUUACUUCUCGGACCAUACAAGAGCACGACGAGAUCCGGUUUAUUGGAUAAGAUCUUCGGUGAACUGGCUGAAUCGAAAGGGCGCGCCACAUGGAACGGGAAGGAACUUGAAAAGGCCAUUGUGGCUGGCUUCCAGCUUGGGAGCCGCGCAGGUCCUCUUUGUGAAGAACCGAUGCAUGGAGUAGGUUUUGUUCUCGAUUCUAUCCGAAUUCCGCAGUCGACUGAUAUUGCCAACACAGUCGCUAACGAAUCUUCGCACGCUUUGGCAAAAGUCUCUGGUUUAGUCAUUGGCUCCAUGCGUGAGGGGGUCAGACUGGCGCUGAUGCAAGGGAGCCCGAGAUUGAUGGAGGGCGUUCUACAUGUUGAUAUAUCAGUACCUGCUGAUGCGUUGGGACGCACUUAUACGGUUCUUGGUCAACGAAGAGGACGGGUGUUGAAAGAAGAGGUGAAAGAAGGUAUCAAUGUGUUUGGGAUUGAAGCACUGCUUCCCGUCCAGGAUUCCUUCGGGUUUACAGACCUACUGCGGAAGCAGACAUCUGGUUUUGCUGUUCCCCAAAUGGUUUUUAGUCAUUGGGAGAUUAUUGACACAGACCCGUUUUGGACCCCGCAGACAGAUGAAGAAUUGGAAGAUCUUGGGGCUGCAGAUAUGACAGCUGAGAACAACAACCUCGCUCGGAAGCUUAUCAAUGGCGUGCGCCGAAGGAAAGGAUUGAAGGUAGAGGAGAAAAUUGUUGAAAAUGCAGAGAAGCAACGGACACUGUCGCGUAAAAAAUGA